GUCAAAACAUAGGAGCUAAAAAUUGUAGUGUGUGUAAAAACUUUCAAUAAUUAGCCUUUUAUACAAGAAUGGGAAGUCUAGAAAAUCCUCUUGUGCAUUGUCAUGCAAUUCGUGAUAUUCUUAAUAGAAUAAAUAGAGUCCAUAGUGAACUGAUAGAUCAUGAAAACACUCUGCCAAAAUGUGAAAUUUGUUGGCAAAAUCAUGCCGAAUUCAAUUCACUGAAAGCUCAAAUAUUGCUCAUUGUGCAGGAUGAUGUUUCAGGAAAAGAAGAACGACCUACUAUUGAAUACGUCCAACUUGAAGAAAAUAUUCAAAUUCAACAAUUACCCAUUGAAGUAAAAGAUGAAUUGGUACUGGAGCAUCAUGAAGACAUACCAUCUCCAGAACCACCAGAACCAGAAAAUCAUCCAAAAAGUGAUAUGGAUGAUAAUUGGAAUUCAUGGGAAAGCAGCUCAGAACCAUGUGAAACGGUUAAAGAGGUAGAUUCCUUGAAGAAGAAGCCGAAAAAAGAAAAGAUAUCGUGUCAUUUUUGUUCCAAAACAUUCUACCAAGGAGAAAGGCUAACAGAGCACAUGGCACGUCAUACCGGGGACAAACCCUUUAAAUGUAGAACAUGUGAGAAAACUUUUAAAUCCCUGGACUACUAUACAUCUCAUUGCAAGAGCCACGAAAAGGAUUUUAAUGCAGAAAGUACAUCAACAACAUGUGAAAUUGAGAAAGUCAAAAGCGAAAAUAAUUUAGAAAAAAAAUCCUUUGAAUGUGAAAUCUGUGGUCGGAAUUUUUUAAAGAAAAAACAAAUUAUUUCACAUAUGCGUCUUCACAUAAAAUCAAGCAUUGCUUCAUCGAGGAAGACAUUGGAAAUAAUUGAUGAUAAAACCUGCAAAAGCUGCGGCAAAAAGUUCAGUACGUCGAGAGGUCUGAAAAAACAUCUACAAUUUCAUGAGAAAAAACAAAAAUCCGGACAAGAUCUGAAUAUAACAUCAGUAGAAGAAACACCUUAUUUCUGUGAAAUUUGUAAGAGAUUUUUCCGCAAUUCAGUCACUCUGGAAAGGCAUAAGGAAUCUCGUGAUAGAGCAAAUCUGAAUUGUGAUUCUUGCAGUGAAAAGUUUUGUCGGGCCACAGAUCUCUAUAAUCAUCAAAAAAUCGUCCAUAAGGUCAAGACGGCUUUCGAAUGUCGUCACUGUGAUCAAAAAUUCAGCAAUUUCCGCCUAAUCUACAAACACCACAAAACGACACAUCCUAAGUUAAUAGGACCAACAAGGCCAUUUCUGUGCGAAAUGUGUGGUCUAUCAAUGGUUGAUUCGAGAGAUUUAAAUCGUCACAUGAUGAUCCAUCGCGGUGUUAAACCACAUCAAUGCAAUAUUUGUGAUAAAACAUUCCGUCUUCAAACUGAAGUAGAACAGCACCGUCGAGUUCAUAUCCCAAUUUCUCAGCUACAGGAUCUUUACGCUUGUGAUAUGUGUCCCAAAAAGUUUCGCAUGAAACUCACUUUGUGGAGGCAUAAACGUAUCCAUACCGGACAAAUCACUGAGAUGUUUUGUCAGGUAUGCCGGAGACGAUUUAUAAAUGCCAACAAUCUGCAAAUUCACAUGUUAAAACACGCCAACGAAGCACCCAGACCAUUUAAAUGUGAAACAUGUGGAAAGUUCUUCAAAAUUCGCAAAGAAUAUAAUUUGCACAUGAAAAGGAAACAUGGUAUAUUUUCUUUGGAGAGAACUAGAAUAAGGAAAAAACCAUAACGUCCCACUCUCAAUAUAAUUUUUGUGGAAUAAAUCAUUU